AUGGCGGAGAGUGAUCCGUGGGUUGAUCCCACGCCGGACCCAGAGCCCGAGGAGGCUCCCAGCCCUGAUGCUGCCUCCUCAGACGACGCUGAGGAGCCGCUGGGUAGAGUCCCGUCGAUCUCCUUGGGGCCUCCGUUGACAGAAACUGCUGCCGGUGGAGAAGAUGCUGCCGCCGGUGACGAAGUUGUCUUCGAGGGAGUCGGCUCCUCUGGUCGUGGGAGCUCCAUCUCGCCUACUAGUGAACGGUUUUUCUCGCCUACUCGUGAACGGUUUUUCUCGCCCACCCGCCAGACAUUCGGCGCCGCUAUCAGGCGUGUGCCCUCUUCGACCCACGGGGAUGUCGGGUCUCCUCUCCUGGGGCCAUCCGCCGGGCCGAUGUCCAGACCCUUGUCUCCUUGGCGCGCUCGCCGCCGUCCUGACCUCCUUCGCCGCUCGUCAGCCAGCAGCGCUUCCAGCUCCGGCGCAGGUGUCGCCUCGGGUGUCGCCUCGCCGCGAUUUCCAAGUCCUAGCCUGGAGGCGCGAGAUAUCUACUCCGCUAACCCGGAGUUUCCGGCGUGGGAUGACUCGGAGAAUGGCCUGAGGUACGAACCGUGGCCGCCUGGCCUUGAUUCGAGAAUUGCGGUUAUCCUGACCGACGUUUCCGAACCGCCCCGGAAUGGCUUGUUCGAGAGGAUUGAUCACCGCGGGGUGCUUCAGAAGCACAUGGAGCAGUCGCCGGAAGGCAUCCAGAAGCUGUGGGAGAAGCUGCUGGGCGCCUACGACAUCGCCAUGAUCGGCAAGUGCGCCGCCCUUCACGCCCUGGCCGGCGCGCACAAGCGGAUCCGGGAGGACGACAACCGCGUCAGAGAAGUCGAUGAGAGUUAUUACCGCCUCGUCGAGCAAAACGCCGAUCUCACGGCCACCAUAGACCGUCUCGAAGAGCUUAUCAUGAAACAGCAGCGCCAGCUGGAUGACCUGAAGCAGGACAACCGGGUCUUGGCCAGGGACAAAGCCGUCUUCGAAGGGAUGUACACCAAAAUCGCAACCGUCCAGGAAACGGAGCUGGGGUUUCUGGAAGAGGUGGUUGCUGGCUGGGGGACGUUCGAUGAGGCGAGAGCGAUUCACUCGACUUCCGCGGGCCGCGACGACCUCGCCGCCAGGUUCCAGUAUGUUCGCGAGACGCUCGAGGAGGCCCGCGAGGAGGCGCAGAUGGCCAAACGACGCUGCAAGCAGCUCGAGGACAAAUGCAAGGCGCUGGAGAAGGAGGUCGAAGAAGCCGCCAUGGGCCGCACAUCCCAAGGGGAGCCUUCGCCCGGCGCUCAGUCGGCCUGGCAAUUCAGGGCAGAGCAGUUAGAGCUGGAGAAUCAGGCCCUCGAGAGCGAGCUCGAGGCCGAGCGGGCGCAUGCGGCAGAGAUGGCGAAGGAGCACGCGCAGCUGCUCGCGGAGCUGCACAGCGAUGGCAUACUCCAGGCGCAGGACUACCUGGCGGCGAUGGAGCGGCUGAAGAAAGAGCUGGUGCUGUACAAGGACAAGUGCGCAUCGCUGCAGCGGACUGUCGACGAACUCAAGAAACGGCUGGCCAGCCAGGUGGUCGAGGCGACCCACGAGAAGAAGGAGUACGAGAGCAACAUGGACGACCUCGAAGCCCAGAUCCAGGACACGACUGCCCGGCUAUCCGACGUGAUCAGCGCGCUUGAGGGCGACACUGGCGCGGCGUCACGAGCCAGCGAUACCCAGCACUCUCCGCAGGCCGGAGAGGCCGUCCGCGAGCCGGAGGCAACGCCGCGAUUCAACAUGCAGUCCAGCCGGGCCGCCGUUGACGAGAUCGCGGCGACCAUUGACGCCGUGGUGAAGCAGAUAUCACAAGAUAUUGCCGAAAACAAAGCGAUCCAAGCUGAGGAGGCAUGGAGGAUCUCGGAAGAGCUGAAAAAACUGGCCGCUUCAGCAGAUACCUUGGUGGAGGGCCACGAGUUGAUGGAGGAAGCACAGGAAGUGAUAGACGCACAGCUCGACAGGCUGCGGGAGCAGAUCCGGUCGCACAAGCGGACCUUCCAAGACGUCAGACAACAGGUCUGCCAGCAGCGUGCUCAGGUUCAGGCGACCCGGGCCAGUUUCCACCAGGGAGUUCCUGGAGCGUUUGGGCCAGCCCCGUUCGGUGCUGGCGACAGCGAGAUGCAGUGUCUGCGGCAUGCGCGAGAGUUGAUCGCGCAGCUCAAGCAAAACUCGGGGCAGGUUGGAACGGAAAACGCGGCGCUCCAGUGUCUCGAGCAGCUCACGCCGCUGCUCGGAACGCUUAGGUUGAUGGAUCCCGACCCAUCGGAGGAAGAAGCCAUCCUCGCUCUAGUCAAGUUCCUCGAGGAGAGCGUGAUGCAGGGCGUUGGCCAUGACACAGGGAGCUUCUACGCGACGCUCGACGAGCACGACGACCGGCUCAGAAGCUUGCUCGACCCCGGAAAUCUUGCCUUGCACCAAUCAUCCGAGGCGGAGCGGGAACUGCUUCGCGGCAUUCAGCAGAAGCUGGAGGCGGCCGAGGCGCUGCAGAAGGUGCAGGAGGAGCAAAUGCGCAAGUACGAGGCGUACCGGGCGCAGCACAUCGCCGGCGGACUCACCUCGGCGCAGUCAGAAGAGCUCUUGCGGAUAGCCGGCAGUGCUGUCGACACUGCUGGUGGCAAGUGGACGUGGCCUACCCCGAUGAGCCAGAAGGGCGCCGCUGGCGUGGACGAUCUGGUCGCGCAAGUGCAGAAGCUGACGGCCGAUGCAUAUCUGAGCGACCGGCGGAGCGAGUUAGAAGACGGCAACGCGCUGCAAAAGGCCCAGCUAGCCGAGCUGGAAGAGGAGAUCGCCCGGGCGUUGAAGCUGGCCGACAAUGCGCAGAAGCAGCUCGAGGCGCUCGCCCGGGUGCAGGCGAAGGGGAAGGCGCCCGCGACGGCGGAAGAGGGCGAGAGCCUCCAGGCGUUCCAGGACGCGCUCCAGAAGCGCGAGGGCAGACUCCGCCGGGAGCAGCACCUCAACCUCGCGCAGCUCGAACGGCUGCAGGCCAGGCGGGCGCGAGCGGCAGCGUUCCUCGAGAACGAAGCGGCGAGCGACCGUCGCCGCGCCGAGACCCUCCUCACGGAAGCCCUGCUCAAGCUUCAAGCAGCCGGCUCCCCGAGCCACCACGGCGAAGCGGCCUGCUUCUGCACGCUCCUCCGCUUCCUCUUCCCGCACAUCUACUACUCGGCCGUCUCCGGCGGGUGCUGUGCGGGCGGCAAGCUGGUCGCCUCAGCCGCCGCCACCUCCCCGGGCUCAGCUGCUCAAUCCGGCCCCGCUGCCGCUGCCGCUCCCGCCUGCCAAGGGCACCACGGCCACGGCCUGCUCCGCGCCUCGGGCCGGCUGUCCACCGCCGUUUGCCGCUUCUGCACCGCGCUGGCCUGGAUCGUUCUCCUGAUCCUGAUCCAGCCGUACAACCUCUACGCCGCCGCCGCCUUCCUCCUCUCGCUGCUGCUCCACCUGCCGCGCCACCUCUACCGCCUCCUCGCCUCCGCCGCGUCGUACGCCUACGCCCGGUUGCGCCACCGCCGCCAGGACGACGACCGCGGCUCUGCUGCACCGGCGGAGUCAUCCACCUCCACAUCCCCAUCCACCCCCCUAUCCAAAUCCGAAUCCUUCAAACUCAACCUCAAACCCCUCCUCGACGCUAACGCCUGGCAGACCUCCCUCCCCCUAUCCCUAACCCAGCACCUCCCACAACCACCCCCACCAUCCGUCCUCGUCGGUGCCGGCCUGACGCUCUUCCUGGCCUACGCCUGGCUGACCUACGUCGCGCUGCUGGUCGAGCGGCGCGUCUGGGCCGGCGCCAACGACUGGCGCUGGGCCUACGCCCUCGACCUCGCCGCCGCCGGCCAGCCGCUGCCCUACCCCGGCUGGGCGCCCCUCCGGGUCGACUACCGGCUGGUCGGGGACGGGGCGUGGGUGUGGUUUGCCUCGUGGGUGCAUUCGUUGUUUUAUGGGCGGUGA